CAAACAAAUACAGAACCCUAGGUUCUAAAAAAAACAAAAGAAGAAGAAAGACUUUCGAUCUUCAAGCUUAACUCUUGAACUCGAAGCCCUAAUUUCUAUUCCGCAACUUCACGUACGGCCUCGAAAAGCACAUCUCAAUUCUACAAAUCCAAAAAGCCGUUGAAGGGGAGAUUUUGGCCGAUCAAUCGGCCCUACAAGAAGGUUUAUUUAAUGUAUUUACAAUAGCAUUGGAGCCCCCAAACAAAGGAAAAAUAUCAAAUUUCUGCCUUUGAAGCUCAAAAAAUCAGUUUUUUGAUUGAUUGGAUCACUUCUCGAGCUUGAUAGAGGUAUAUAUUCUCCCUUGGAAGGACAAGGUACAAACUAACUGCAACUGGAAGAAUGCCAAAGAUAAAGACCAAUCGUGUCAAAUAUCCCAAUGGAUGGGAGUUAAUUGAGCCUACUCUUCGUGAGCUGGAAGCAAAGAUGAGAGAAGCUGAAAAUGAUCCACACGAUGGUAAGAGAAAAUGCGAAGCGCUGUGGCCCAUUUUCCGAAUUGCUCAUCAAAAGAGCCGCUACAUCUAUGACCUGUUUUAUAGAAGAAAGGAAAUAUCCAAGGAGCUAUAUGAAUUCUGCUUGGAUCAAGGUUAUGCUGACCGUAAUCUAAUUGCCAAAUGGAAGAAGCCUGGGUAUGAACGGCUCUGUUGCCUACGAUGCAUCCAACCACGGGACCACAACUUCCAAACAACAUGCGUCUGCAGAGUGCCCAAGCACCUGAGGGAAGAGAAGGUUAUAGAAUGUGUACACUGUGGGUGCAGGGGGUGUGCCAGUGGAGAUUGAUCCAAACUUCUUCCCGGUAGAAUGACAUUGCGACUGCGAUCAAUUCGGGUAAUCAAUUUAAAUCCAACUGAUUUUGGAGGUUGAGAUGAAUCUCGGAAAGCACCUCUAGAUUGUAGACUGUUUAAACUGUGUAUUGGUUCGUUUUCAGGACUAUAGGCUGUUGCUCAGACCUAGGAACAUACAUAGUGAAUUUUCCGUUAUGGAUUCUUACCUUAGUGGAAAGUACACCCAAAAUCAGAUGAUCAAAGCCAUAUCUGGUUGAGGACCAGCCAAAAUAUUGUAGUUUAUUUCUACUCUUGCAAGCUAUUUUGUUUGCCCUUGA